GCCUCGCCCCCUGCCCGGCGACACAAAGCGGGUCCAAGAUGGCGGAGGCGGGCGCGGGGAGCCUGCCUGGGGGGGACGCGGGGCCGCCGCGCCCGCCCGAGGAGCAGGAGCUGAGCCAGCGCCUCCGCCGCCUCUACCCCGCCGUCAACCAGGACGAGACGCCGCUGCCGCGGUCCUGGAGCCCCAAGGACAAGUACAACUACAUCGGCCUCUCGCAGGGCAAUCUGCGCGUCCACUACAAAGGUCAUGGUAAAAAUCACAAAGACGCUGCCUCAGUCAGGGCGACGCACCCCAUACCUGCAGCCUGUGGCAUUUACUACUUCGAAGUGAAGAUCGUCAGUAAAGGUAGAGAUGGGUACAUGGGAAUAGGACUUUCUGCUCAAGGGGUCAACAUGAACAGGCUUCCUGGAUGGGAUAAACAUUCUUAUGGGUACCAUGGUGACGAUGGGCACUCCUUCUGUUCUUCGGGGACAGGACAACCCUAUGGGCCUACCUUCACCACGGGAGAUGUGAUCGGCUGCUGUGUCAAUCUUAUCAACAAUACCUGCUUUUACACAAAAAAUGGCCACAGUUUAGGUAUAGCCUUUACAGACCUCCCUUCAAAUCUCUACCCUACAGUGGGUCUUCAGACUCCAGGAGAGAUAGUCGAUGCCAACUUUGGGCAGCAGCCAUUUGUGUUCGACAUUGAGGACUACAUGAGGGAGUGGCGAGCGAAGAUUCAGAGCACCAUUAAGCGGUUUCCUAUAGGAGACAGACUAGGCGAGUGGCAAGCCAUGCUGCAGAAUAUGGUUUCGUCAUAUUUGGUUCAUCAUGGGUACUGUUCAACAGCAACUGCCUUUGCCAGAGUCACAGACACCACAAUCCAGGAAGAACAGACCUCAAUAAAGAACAGACAAAGAAUACAGAAGCUAGUAUUAGCAGGCAGAGUGGGAGAGGCUAUAGAAGCCACCCAGCAGCUCUAUCCUGGCCUCCUAGAACAUAACCCCAACCUGCUCUUCAUGUUAAAGUGUCGGCAGUUUGUGGAGAUGGUGAAUGGGACGGACAGUGAAGUACGUUGUUUCAGUGCCCGCAGCCCCAGAUCCCAGGACAGUUACCCCGGGUCCCCCAGCUUAAGUCCUAGACACGGAUCAAGCAACUCACAUGUUCAUAGUACCGGAGCAGAUAGUCCAACCUGUAGCAAUGGAGUCAUGUCCACAAAAAGCAAACAGAGUCACAGUAAAUACCCAACACUGAGUUCAUCAUCUUCAUCUUCCUCUUCCUCCUCCCCCUCAUCUGUGAACUAUUCUGAGUCCAAUUCUACAGAUUCUACCAAAUCUCAGCAGCACAGUAGUACGAGUAACCAAGAAACCAGUGACAGCGAGAUGGAAAUGGAGGCAGAGCACUACCCCAAUGGAGUCUUGGAAAAUUCAUCCACCAGGAUAAUGAAUGGCACCUACAAACAUGAAGAAAUCCUGCAGACAGAUGAAUCCAGCAUGGAAGACAGCUGCCCCCAAAGGCAGCUCUGUGGAGGUAACCAUGCUGCCACGGAGCGAAUGAUCCAGUUUGGACGGGAGCUGCAGAUGCUGAGUGAGCAACUUUGCAGAGAAUAUGGGAAGAAUGCAAUGCACAAAAAGAUGCUUCAGGACGCAUUUAGCUUGUUAGCUUACUCAGACCCUUGGAACUGCCCUGUUGGUCAACAGCUGGACCCAAUCCAGAGGGAACCUGUGUGUGCUGCUCUUAAUAGUGCUAUAUUGGAAUCUCAGAACCUGCCAAAGCAGCCCCCGCUGAUGCUUGCCCUGGGCCAGGCCUCGGAGUGUUUGCGGCUCAUGGCUCGCGUGGGCUUGGGCUCCUGCUCCUUUGCCAGAGUAGACGACUAUUUGCACUAGCCACCAGAGCAAGAUGGAAUUGACAUCACUGAGUGCUGCCCUUCACCCUCCGUUGCUGCCACUCUACACCACCACCUCGUUUGAUAGCCUGACCUCCCUGCCACCGACACCCUCUCUAGCACACAUGCUGCCUGUGAAAGGACUGAGUGAGUCCCUCACUGAGUGGCUAUUCCUGACCCCAGGAACGACUGACAGAUCUUACCUGUCUCCCUGCCAUUGCUGCGGCUCCAGCGGCACUCAGUAUUUCGCUGGUUAUUCUAAUGUAGCCCCUUCCGUUGUAGGGAUUUCUCUUUAUUUUUACUUGAGUUGUUUCUCAUGGAUCCAUCAGUAUUUUAUCUGGAGAGUUUUGCUGAGCUGGUUUCUGCUGAUUUACUGAGGGAGCUCAUCAAGUUGGUGACAGCUUGUUCUUUUCUUCCCUUCUCCCUCAUCGUGCACAUACAGCAUCAUCUUCUGUGCUAGUUGUCUGAACUCUUCUCGCAGUGGCAGUUCAGAGGGGUUUUUUUUUUUAUUUUAUUUGAAUCCUGUUUAUUAAAAAGGUCUCUUCCACCUCCACAAAGUCAUUGAUGUAUUUAUUGCCCACAGACUCAAUCCCAGCCAUAUACAUCAUACAACCCUGCAGGAGACCUGGUGAGGUAGAUUUGGUCACCCAAUAAUGGUGGGAAUUGGAGGAGCUUGGUCCUUGUGGUGCAUGCCUCUAAGAGCACAAGGCUCUCAAACGCUUGUCUUUGUGAAUGGGAAGAGCAGAAGACUUGACAUUGCCUAUGUUAGUGGCUGCACUGUAGAAGCAUCUCACAGCCCUGAGAAAUAGGUAAAUCCAGCUCUCACAGCAGCUAGAGGGACAGGAUGAAUAGGAAGUCCUCUACCGGUGUAUCGGUAGAAGCAAGUCAUGUUAGACUGCCAGAAACAUCUGUGGACGCUGACUGGUUUGGCUGUCAGUUUUUGUGGUAAAUCACAAAUUCCCCCUUUACUCCACAUAGGAGGGCUCUGUCACUAAGAUUUAAUAAUAUUUACUGACACCUCCACCUAACACUGAUCUAAAUGAACACUUCUAAGUUUUGGAAGUGUCUUGAGAACACUAGUGUGAGCUGUGCUCGCCCUUGCAGGUUGCACAUGCCAAGAUCAGGUUGUGAGUUAGGAUCAGUACUAGCUUUGUGUGGUCUGAGCCGGUCAGAAGGGAGCAGCAAUGUUUCUUUAAGGAUUACUAAGAAAAUUAUUUUAGUUUCAGGUCCAAAAGUGACCAGUGAGAAUCUGUUGGUGAGUAACCUCCAACUAAGAUGAACUAACGUGUCACUGCUGUGGUACGUAUCAGGGCCAGGGACUCAAGUGCUGCUAAGCUUUCAGCAUUCAAACCAUCUGCCUGUAAGUGUUUCUGAGUGUACACUUUUAACUGGUGAGGCUGCAUAGCAGGGACCGUGUGUUUUGCACCCUGUGGUGUACAGUUGGGAGGCCAGGUUCAGUCUGACUGCAUGGGAGGAAUUGUCAUUCUCCUACAAAUGAAUUCUAGGUCUGUAGCUGUGAGGAGGACCCAGGGGAGCUCAGACCCAACACGUAUUUUACUGCUGUUCUUGAAUUUUUAUUUCUUUUUUUGAAGGCUUAGUGAAAGAUGAACAGAUUGUGUUGAAGGUUGCCCUUAGAAUGGAGAUGAGCCUAUGCCAGGGAUACAAGUAUCAAUAGAGCUUGUGUGCCACUGGAGAGAGGAGGCGAAGGUGGUGUGUGACCUCUGUGCAGUAGCCCACAGCUUUAAGGGUUUGCUGCAUUUGCAGGCUGGAUUUGUGGCUGGAGCAUGAGGUCUGAGAUCAAGGCAGAUGGGGGCAGGUGUCCCUGCACUCCAGAAGGCGACUGUGGCAGAGAAUGUGCAGAUGGUGUUGGAGUUGGUUGGGAAUGCCCAUCACUACCUUUUGGUGAAGGUCUGGAAGCAGUGCUAGAGCUGUGUUGGGUUAAGAAAACAAGCAGCAUGAGGUUUAGAGAUGGAGGAGAUAUGUUUAUACAUCAACUUGUACAACUGAACAAAGCAGAAGGAGCUCUGCACGUUGAAGCUAUUCUUCUGGGCAGGCAGAAGCAGAGGACUGCACUCAACAGAAGAACUUAAAUUGCCAAUCUGGUUCUUUUGUUUCAAUUCUGGGGAACAGCUUAUGUGCCUGAAAGCUCAUAUAUUGAUUUUCAGCUCCGCUCUUUGUCCUAGUGAUGAAUAUUACCCCAGCCUGCAGCACUUAUCUUCCUAAACUUCUAGAGACAUUUUAACUCAGUAGGCAGGCUUCCUUUCUGGACCCUCUGAUGCUGGACCUGCCGGGCUGCCCAGCCAACCCUUUGUGCCCCAGUGCUGUGGCUAAACCUGAGGCAGCACAUGGACUUGCCCUGCUGAGAGAGUCUUCUGCAGGCUCUCUGUUUGUUAGACUCAGGAUUAUGGCAUGCGGGUGAGCCGAUUGUUGGUACUUGGGUUGGAAAUACUCUAGUGCCUGGCUUUGCCUUUCACAUGUGAUUACUUCCUCCCAGUUGGUCACCAUUUAGCUUGCUGCUAUGUGGCUGCAGUUGGACCUCUUUCAUCCUUAUAGCAACACCAUCUUCAUUUUUUUUUUUUUUCAUUUCAUUACCAAAAAACCCAAGAGAUGCUCCUGGAUGGUUGGUUAUUCUGGUGCCAAGAAAUAUGUGAUAGGAUGGUCUCUCUGGCUUCUCAUGGAGACCGUCCCUGUGGUAGAAACGAUCUUGCUGUUGUGUCACAGUUAGUGUUGAGAGGCCACACGCUUCAUGAUGAUUAAUUGCAUGUAGCAGGGCUGAGUCACUCUUCCUAUCAUGGAUGAUGUGCAUCACCUCAUGGCAGUAGGUCCCUGUAGACUGGACAGUGGUGAUGCUUUCAACUACUUGCACUCAAGCAGCAGUGCUAUCUUGAAUUGUUUUUCCCCUUUCCACUUGACCCACUUCCUAACUGGCCUCGCAGUGACCAACACCCAUCACUGCUGCCAGCUUCUGUCUGGCUCUUGUACCUGAUUCUGAUUUUUGAGGAGCGCAAAGCCUUUUCUGCUGUGACACAGCCUGUCCCACACCUGUUGUUUGUUGGGUUGGUGGUUUUUUUUUUGUUUCACAUGUUCUUGGGUUUUCACGAGUGGUUUCUGCUUGUUGGGCUCAGAUUCUGACUAAUGUGGUCAUGACUCAGUGUGGGAAAGACAAAUGCAUUUGCGGUAUGUGGUGGAGGCAGAGGCUUCACCCUACCACUGAUUCCUGGAUGUGAUUUCUCGCUUGGUUUUCCCAGGUUAUUCUUCAAAGCCUUUUGGUCUUUGUGUGUUCCUGGCUGUUCCAUGAUGGUUUGUGUCAGCUGAGGCUGGGUUUGAAUUGUUGUGGUCAUUUCAGAAGACAAACAGAACUAAACUGAACAGAGGACUUUAACUCUGAAUGUUGUUGUGCACCCGAGCAGAGGCUCCACGCAGUUUAAAAAUAACUUAUGAAAGUGAAUUGGGAUUUGUUAUUCCAAGUUCCUCAGGCUUUGCUCAGAAACAGAUGAGCGAAGAACACCCAGGCUGAGUCUUGCUUCAUCUGGGCAGUCCCUCACAGUGUCUCUUGUCCCAGGAGUCCUUCAGUAACGCUGUGUGAAUGAUUGUGUAGCCCUUAGUAAUAACUACUGGCUUUGCAUUUUUUGAUGAGGGUGACAAGAUCUCAGCCGUGUUAUAGUGAAGAUGGCAUUGGAUAUAGGACUUCACGUGAGGUUGACACCUAAAUUGCUCACUGCAGGGCUGACUUCAGAUCCUAGAAGGUUUUCCAAACUACAGCUGGACACUACUUAUGUGCAACAUUUCUCGCCACGCAGCCCUGAGAGGCUUUCUAGCUGUGACAUCCUUCCCAGGACACAUGGAAUGCUGCAGCUGUAAUAACUAAGCCUCUUCCACCUCUGCCAUGUCUCAGCUCUCCACUGAUCCAUCCAAAGUCACCACCAAAGAGCUGUGAUCUGCAGAGUGGCAUCUAGCUGUUGGCGGGAGUUUGUCCAGUGGCUGCUCUACCUCCAGUCCUGCCCUUACGUGUACCAGAACUGUAGCUCCUUGCUCUGGGACACAUAGAAGAUGUGUGGGUUUCGGUGCUAUAGCCUGUUUAUGUUUUCACCGUCUUGGCUGCUGACCUGAUUUGGACACCAGGAGAUGCAGCUGCGUCUGGCAUGGAGAGUUAGGCCCCUUUGGGAGUAUCAUUCCUCAUGGUUGUGUACACUUAGGAUUUUCCCAUCUGCUUCCUUAUUCCUUCUGUUUUUUUACAGUGAUAUCUUCUCAAGCUGCGUCCUUACUUUUCACAUGAUCUUUUUAAGGCAUCUUUACUGUUCUUGAAAUAGCUUUGUUCUUGAGGCUCCCUCAAACAAUUGGAACAAGCAGAGCUGGUGUGACUAGCUCUGGGGAUUGAAUUUAUCAUUUUCCUCCUUAGGCAUCACGCAUGAUGAACCAUCUCCUUCUUCAGCAAAGCAAACCUUGUUGGAUUGCUGUGAUGCUGCUGUGCUUUGGUAUCUGUCUUUCUUAAUACUCAUGUAGCACGUGUUGCUUAGAUGAAAGUUUGAGUUCCUUCUGCCAUCGUGGGGUUGAUUGAGAAGGUGAGCCAUGGUAGCCAGGCUAUAUAGCAGUGUGUAAAUGCCAUGAAGCUACAAGUUGCACAACAUGGUGUCAGGAAGUUCUGUCCGUGAAGAAGUAGUGUGCAGUCUUUAACUGGGCAGCAGGUGGAGAGGUCUGUCAUGCUUCAGUCCUGGGUGCAGUGAGGCCCCAUGGAGCUGGUUAUAGCAUAAGAGAAGGAACACUUUCCUUGAGAAGGUCCACCUGGGAGAUCCCUUUGCAGGGGGAGCAACUUCCUUCAGACCCUCCUUGUGUUAGAGCAGCCUGAGUGAUGGAUCCAGAGGGGAGUAGGUCUGUUGUGGAGAGCUGGUAUUGGGAGCCCAGCUGUACACGUCUCCUUAGAUGUUUCUGAAAAGGACUGGGGACAGACAUGGCAGGGGACAUGUGCUGUGUACUGCUGGGACCUUUUUGCUGCCCCAGAAAAAUGAGUGAUGCAAAGAACUGCAAUCCAGCGGCUCUCGGAGCCAAAAGCUGGCUGUGAGCCGUGUCUCAUCUGCUGCAUAGGUCAGAGAGCUGGAGGAAGUGUGGUGGGGUGAGUAUGGGGGGGAACUACAUCAGAUUUGGGGAGGAAGGGGAAGUGGUUCAGAGUCCGGAGGCCUCUUCAAGAGGAAACAUUAGCUGCUUUCCACUAUCCUUCCCUGCAACGAGAGGUGGCAGGUGAUGGAUGAGUGAACGUGGCAUGUCUGUCUUUCUCCCUGCAUCCCACACCAGAGCUCUGAGCCUGCGGCCUUGAGCUGUAGCAGUGCCUGGCAAGCCAAAGUUCAUCCAGGCUUGAGGAGCAUGUGUCCUGCUGGCUAUUUGAUUUCCCAGAGGGAGGCUAACCGUCUCCUGCUCGCAGGAAGCUGAGUCUCGUGUGGGAUUUAUACUCGCAUUACUGCAGAAACGUUCCUGGAGGCCAUGCAGACCUCUGCUCCUUGUUGAACUUCCCUUUGCCAGGCAAACUGGUCACUCUGCUUGGGUCCGGGCACGUGCUGUGUUCCCUUUGCUCAGGAGGGCUUUAGCUGCAUCCUUCCUCCGGGAGGGAGCACAGGGAUUUUGCAGGCUGGGCUUCUCACAAGCUUCUCAAAAAGGAGAAGCAGCAGCAGCGCUGGGGAUAAUCAGGAUUUUAAAGACGAUUUUUAAAAUACAAGUGUGGUGACUUUCCCAGACCAAGGACUCUGCACAGGCCUUCGAUUGGGGUUUUUCUCUCUUGAUCCUACCUGUGCACGCUCUUCACGGCUCUCCAGUCAGGGGAGGCAGGAGGAGGCUGCCAGCACCUGAAGCUCUUGCACGCAACCUGUUCGGCAGUGCAAGCCCCAGGACCUGCCCACCACGCAGUUAACUCUCUUCUGCUGUUGCUCAAAACUCAGGUAUGAAAUGCUCAGCUGGAGCACGGGGUGCGAGGUCUUUGCAGGUUUCCACCCAGCCUUGGAGGAACGGCCACUGUUGGGCUGCAACAGAGCAGAUCUUCCUCUGCCGCUCCAGACUUCUCAUCGCCUUUGGAGGAGGGCUUUUCUCCUCUUUGGUACAGCAUCGGCUAAAUGGACCUGACACAAAUUGUGCACAUUGGUUCAAUCUAAGCUUAGUAUUUGUGAAUUAAAUUAUCUGGCGCUUCGCAUGAAAACUUCAAAAAGGGGAGGGGGGGGAUUUUAACUGAGAAAAAGCCUGUGAAAAUAUACUGGAAAUAUGGUAAAGAAAUCGACGUUCUGCUGUAUAUUGACAGAAUUAUUUUUAUUAAAAUACACAUCCAUGUGCAAGAGCUGC